UAUGAUCAAUUUACAUGAUAACUCAAAUCGUCGUGAACAGAGGCUUGAUUUAUCGGUGGUCCCAGGGAAAAAUAUUGGCUGGUUUCGUUUGGGAUCUUCGGUAUGGGACAUUAUAAAUUUUUUGAGAGAACAAUCUAGAGUCAUUCCUUCUGUAGACUUGAAAUAUACUGAUGAGUCUCCAAUCAUGACAGAUUUAUUUCUCUCGUUACCGGCAAAUGGAAUUAAUAUGCGUUUUGAUGGUCCAACUCAGAGAUUAAAAUCAAUCGAAGUAAACGAUUUCUCAAAAUUGCGAUUAACCUAUCAGGAUAGUGAAGUUAG